CCGGAGCUGAUAUAAAGAUGUACAGGGAACAAUGAGUCUGGCCAGACUCAGCGUGUCCGAAGAAAGAUAAAGAGGCACACUGGGGAAAAUGGAUCUUGGCUCUUAUAAUACGCACUAUUUCUAUGAUGUGGAUCUGAAAGAAGACUUCUACCGAUGUAUUGCUCCAAGUGAGGACAUCUGGAAAAAGUUUGAACUUGUACCUGGUUGCUCACUAUCCGCUGCAGGAUGCAAAGGUGGAGGUGGUAAUGACUGGGGAGCAGAACUCAUGGAUCUUGGCUGGGAAUCUCCUGUGAAAUUAUCUGGCCUCAGCAAAGUAGUCCUUUUGAGAGACUGUAUGUGGAGUGGAUUCUCUACCAGAGAGCGCCUGGAAAAAGUCAUAAACGAGAGGAUAUCAAGUGGCAGUUCAUGGGCAGGUAGUGGUGCCAAACCACCUUUGGAUACCGAAUUGCCGGAAACUGGAGUUGAGCCCCCAGAGCAGAUCUCUGCACAACAUCUUGUUCCAACCCAAGUUCCAGAAAAGGCUCAACAUUCUUCUGGGUCAGAAAGUACUAGUGACUCUGAAGAUGAAAUUGAUGUAGUGACUGUGGAGAAGAGGAAAGCUUAUGGUGGUCGGCAGCCCGUGACCAUCACGGUACGAGCUGAUCCACUAGACACUUCAACAAAGCUCUUCCACAUUUCCAUCCAUCAGCAGCAACACAACUAUGCUGCCCGGCUUCCUGAACCUAGCGAACCAUCUCCUGAGAGUCCACCUACUACCACAGAGGAGCCUGGAGAGGUGAGCUCAUACUCUAUGCAACCCUGUAGCCCACCUUCAGCAAACUCUCCUCUGGCUUCUGGAAGUUCAGACAGUGAGGACAUUGCAAAGCGAAAGAAUCACAACUAUAUGGAAAGGAAAAGAAGGAAUGACCUGCGCUCCCGUUUUCUGGCAUUGAGAGAAGAGGUCCCAGGACUGGGUAAAACCUCUAAAACGCCUAAGGUGGUCAUUCUUGGCAAAGCAACUGCAUAUUUGAGGGACCUUAUCACAGAGGAGCAACGGCUUGCCAAUGAAAAAUCAAAGCUCCGGUCCCGUCACCAGCAGCUCAUGAGGAAGCUGUCUCGAUUGAGAGGCCGCUGAGAGACAUUGGGCAGUGUUCUGCCAUGCACAUUUGCACAUUUAUUGGGGAUGGGGAGGGUUAAACUAGUAUGCACAUAUGUGAGACUACUUCAAAGACAGUGUUCUGCAGAGCACAAUGGGAAAAGGGGCUUGUCUUGUUUCAGGUGAUUAUGAAUGAUUCCUCUGGUUCCACGGCUGACUUGUGUUCUCCUCCUUGGCAUUGUCUGCAUGCGUUUCCCAUCACACUAGUUGCAUGCUAAAUCUGACUGCUCAAUUAGUGGUUGCUUAAGUUCUAUCACUUUUUUUUAAAGCAGAUAGAAGAA